GCGUGUUGUAUUCCGCCUUCGUUCUGCUCAACUCAUAAGUCACUUGUUCUGCGUGUGUGUCUAUCCGUGUGGUCGCAAAUUUAAAAAAGUUUGCACAAAGAGCCAGUGGAGUCUCUUUAAAGUGUGAUCAUAAUACUCUAGCCACGUGCAUUUGCAACCGCAGCGACACGCGGGUUCACCCUGUGGAUGUGCUGAAAUCAUUCCGAACCUAGGUGGGAACCGAAAAUGCAGUCAAGGUGUUCGUUGGCAAUCAUGAAGCUUACUUGGGGCUUGGUGGUGACGCUUGGCACGCUCGCAGGGCUCCCUGCAUGUGACGCCGUGGCGGCCGAAUCUCCCGAGCCGGCAUCACUGCUGCGGCCUCGUGACGUCAAUCCACACCCGUACCAGCACGCCUACGAGGGUAUCGCCAUCUUCGACCGGAACCUCAUUACCAACAGCGAGAAAUUCACCCAAAAUCUGCUCAACCAAGGUCCCGUGCAGUUCCCACGGCUGCGAGACGGAAGCUCGGUUAACGCACUGCCCUACCCGUACGAAACGCUUGCCCUGAAGGAACGCCACCAGAAGAUGGUGCGGUUUUCCGGUGCCGAUAGCCAGACGGUGAAACCGGCGUAUCAAGCGUUGGCCAAACAUGCGGCCCGUGUGCUCGGCAAGAGCUAUGCCGUGGAAGACAUCGAUAGCCUCAAUGAGGCGGCUACGGACGUUAAGAAAAAUUAUGUAUUUUCAUACACCGUCAAGGAUACGGCCUCGGGUGAUGAUUUUUCGCACACCCAACAGCAGCAUCAGGACGGUGCAGUCAAGGGCAGCUACAAGGUACACCUUCCCGAUGGACGCAUGCAGAUCGUCAAGUACAUCGCCGACAACAAUGGCUACCGUGCGGACGUUACCUAUGAAAAUGAACCUGCGGGUGUUGUACCGGCAUCAGCAGUAGCAUCAGCAGCAGCAACGGCACAAGCGGCACCAGUGGCUCCCACUGGACCGGUCAGUCCCAUCGCCUAUCAGAGGUACUACGCAAGCACUCCCGUGCAGCAACCACAGCAACAAUACAUCACGCACCAGAUUCGACCAGCUCGACUGUACUAUGCCGCACAAAAUCCGACCCAAAUUCCGGCUCCUUUCUAUCCCUCCCAACUCCGACCGAGUGAUGUGAAGAUUCACAGCUACAACACGGCUCCCCAUGCCGGGGCAGUGAUCGCUUCGACGACCACCCAGGCGACCCCCAUUGCUGGAGCAUAUCUGGCCGCCUUCCCGGCAGCGGGCAACCUAGCCUACAUUGCGACAGCACCCGUAAACGGUGGACCGAUCAGAACGCUACAGCUACAAUCGAACGGUGGUGGUGCUGCCGGCACGAUAGCGGUCCCCGUAACAGCAAUUCCGCUGGCAGCGUACCGUGACAUCAAUGUGCCGCCGUCACCACCCGUCCAGCCGCUUGGUGUAGCGUUCGCUUCGGCCGGUAGACGUACGACGGUUUAUGCUGAUCAGGCGCGUGUUUCGCCCCAAGGUUCGGGCACGCUACAACAAGUGAUCUACCAGCAGCAGCAGCAGCAAUCGCAACAGCAACCACAAAGCUUGGACUACGGGUACGUGCAGAUUCCAGUUGACAAUCGGGUGUACAAACGAAACACGGACCACAGCACGGAGGUAAUGGCCGGUUCUAAGGCACCCAAGAAUGUGGCACAAAAGCCGCGGAAUCAAACCAAACGCCACCAGCAGGAGCAGAAAACGCUGUAAAUCGUGCGUUUGGUGGUUGUAAUGAUCUUUCUAUCUAAUAGCUAAUUAUUUGUAAUAAAAAAUAUUGGUAACAGUCUA